GGGAGCGCGAGCGGGAGGCGCCGCAGUCGUCGGCGGGACUGGAGGGCCGCGGCGGACGGCGCCCUGCCCGAGAGGGAAGAUUUCAACGCCCCAUCAACUGACCCGCUGCUCGGAGAGAGGACCCCAGGAAUCCCCCCGACACUGGCGGCCCCAAGGCCGGGAACAGAAGGGAAGAUGUCCAGUGACCCGCCUCCACCCUACCCCGGAGGCCCUUCGGCACCCCUGCUCCAAGAGAAGAACGGGAUGCCCCCCAGCACAGGCCGAGCCUCUCCGGCUGUUACCCAACCCCCUGGCGUGCCCCCACCCCCCGCGGAUUUUGGGCCUCCACCUUACGAGCCGCCGCUCCAGCCGGGCUUCAUCCCGCCUCACCUGAGCGCGGAGGGCACCUACGUGCCUCCAGGCUUCUAUCCGCCUCCUGGCCCCCACCCGGGCAUGGGCUACUACCCGGCCGCGGGGCCCUGCCCGACCCCGGGGGGCCACGCCGCCACCGUCCUCGUCCCCGCGGGCACGACCACCACGGUGACGGUGCUGCAGGGAGAGCUCUUCCAGGGGGUCCCGGUGCAGACGGUGUGCCCCCACUGCCAGCAGGCCGUCACCACCAAGAUCUCGUACGAGAUCGGGCUCAUGAACUUCAUGCUCGGCUUCUUCUGUUGCUUCAUGGGGUGUGACCUGGGCUGCUGCUUGAUCCCCUGCCUGAUCGAUGACUUCAAGGACGUGACCCACACGUGUCCCAACUGCAAAGCCUACAUCUACACGUACAAGCGCAUGUGCUAGCGGAUCUGGCCGGGCCCCAAGACUGCCGUCUCCGCUCACCGUCCUCCCUGCCGGUCCGUCGACCCCCCCGCCCCCGCCGCGCUUUGCCGCCCCCGCUCCUUCCCCGCCGCCGCUCUCUCCUCGCGCCUCCCUGCUUGGAAAUAACCCGAGGUCCCCCGGGAACAACUCUCCUCUCAACCCUAGGCCCAACCUAAGUCUGCCCUCCUUCCCAACUGAGGCUACCGGGGGCAGCCUUGGGCUCCGCAUCGUUUGGGCCUUUACGUCUUUAGCGUCGAGACCGGGGUUGUGAUAGGAAAGUGGGCCUGAGCCCCACGGGUCCCCACGCCCCGGGCUCACCUCUGCCCUCUCUUCAAAGAUCCCGGACGGUCAGCACUGGCCGGGCAACCUGGAGCCAGGGCCGAUGCCAUCUGACGAGCAGUUUGCUCCAAAGGCUAGAACUCUCCUCACCAGAGCUGUCUACGUGGCCGGCCCCUGAGCUACCCCAUGGGGUGGGCGUGGGGAGAGUUUUCUCGGGGUGGAGAGGCCCAAGGAAGGCAAGGGCUGGCUGUGCCCACCACCUCGGUGCCAACCGGCAGCGGGGCAGGGGAACCAGAGUCACACCCUUGGCUCUGGUUGGUGGCAUCCUCUAGUUUGAACCGGGAUGGGCCUGGGCUGCCCCCCUCCCUUAAAGAGCCACUUUUUCCCGAGGGGGUGGAGACCAGCAGGCUUAGACCACCGGCAGCAAAAAAUAUGACCCAUCCGAGGUUGGCUCAGGAAACUCCAAGGCCGGCGAGCGGUUGUCAACGCCCUCUCCUUGUCCCCUCGUAUCCAGGGUUGGAGGUCCGGCCCCGGACACCUCGCCCCUCACGCCCCCAAGAAGCGGGGCCCCUUGUCCCCCGGUCGGUCCUCGUGUUCCCAGUCCGGCUCACCUCGGUCAAUCCAGGCCAGAGGGCGGAGGGAGCUGGUGCCCUGUGUGAAGGAGCCGGAGAGGAGGAGGUAGACUUCCCCCAGCCCCUCUCCCCAGAUUCCUCAACGGACAGCGAAUGAAGGAAUUCUCAAUCCCCCCUCGGAGUCCCGCUAUUCCUUUUAGCGCCCGGGCGGCAGCAGGGCUAUCCCUGCCGUCCUCCUCCUCCUCCUCCGUCGGUUUCUCUUUUUCCCUGGCAUGCGGGCCGCUCGUACUGUGCCUGGGAGAGAUGGAGCGGGAGCCCAUCCCCUCGCGGUCCAUGAACUCCUCCCGGCCCGCUAGACGGGACUGUAAAUACCUCUCAUGCGUUCCGAUGUAAUUUAAUUCUUACUCGCUGGCUCCGAGAGCCAGGGAACUUGUUAACUUUCUUAAGAGUCACCAUUUUGCACUAAGCCUUCUCAUGCCUAGGGUGUCCACACCAGCAGCUGGAGUAAAGAUUUGGGUUGGGGUGGGGGGUGUUAUUUAACGUGGAGCCGGUUUUAGCCCCCCCGAUGCUGUGAGAAGACCCCGUGAGCCGUCUUUGGGAGGCUGAGGCGUCUCGCCGCCUCUUCCCCGCUCCCCCCUCACCUGCUACUGCCGCCGAACACCGCCCUGGAUUCUGCAGCUCGAGUGCAUGGUCUGUCCAUCCAACGUGCGACCCCCCUCCUCUUUCUUGGUUCUUGUCACAUUAAACUGGCCCUUCUGCCCCCCACACGACCGUGGACUUUCGCCCCUCA